CAUCACAAACGCCCUUCUGGGGCCAUAAGACGGUUUGGCGCUCGUGCACGUGUGAAUGCGGGACUCAACACCGUUAAAGAGACUUUAACAGCUGUCCUCAUUUUGUCCGUCUCAACGCUAACGUUCAGAUACUGGACCGGACCCGGUGUCCGUCCCUCCGCGCCGGACGCGUCGCUCUCAGAGAGCAGAGCGAGUUCUGCUUUUACCGCUGCUGCGGUUUAACUUCUGCUUCUGCUUUUUAUCGGUGGCUUUCUGCUCCGGAUGCGACUCAACGUCACAGCUGUUAUCGAUUCGCCCUAAACCCGCCGGUCCCCCGGUCCCCCCGGUCCCCCCGGUCCUCCACCCAGCGGCCUUAUGGAGUGUCAGCACGCCGCCGUCGGCGCGCUGAGCUGGGCUCUGCUCCUCGGAGGAGCCGCUUACCUGCUGCGGCAGACCCGGAUCCCUGCGCGGUACGGCCGCUACGUGGUGGCGGGGGCUCGCAGCUGUCCGGCCCGGCUGGGCUGGUUCCUGCAGGAGGUCCCGGGUCUUCUGGUGCCGCUGCUGCUGCUGCUCACCGGAGACCGGACCGGGAGCAGCGGAGACCGGACCGGGAGCAGCGGAGACCGGACCGGGAGGACGCUGCUGCUCUGCACCUUCGUGCUGCACUACUUCCACAGGAGUUUGAUCUACGCCUUCCUGACCAGAGGACGCGCCAUCCCGCUGACCAUUGUCCUCUCCGCCACCACCUUCUGCUCGCUCAACGGCUUCCUGCAGGGUCAUCACCUGCUGCACUGCGCCCGCUUCCAGCACACCUGGCUGAGGGACGCGCGCCUGGCUGCAGGUUUUCUUCUCUUCGUGGUCGGGAUGAUCAUCAACCUCCACAGCGAUCACAUCCUGCGAGGCCUGAGGCGACCCGGAGAGACUGUCUACAGGAUCCCCCGCGGGGGAAUGUUUGAGUUUGUGUCGGGUGCAAACUUCUUGGGGGAGAUCCUGGAGUGGGGGGGUUAUGCUCUGGCCUCGUGGUCUUUACCCGCCACCGCCUUUGCCUUCUUCACCGCUUGCUCCAUCGGGCCCCGAGCCUACCAGCACCACCGGGACUACCAGCAGAGGUUUGGAGACUACCCUCGCCACAGGAAGGCCUUGAUUCCCUUCAUCCUGUAGAGAGAGAGAGAACAAGCAAACUGGGUCACGCAAAGAAAUCCGCCAAGGGGAGAACUGGGGCGUCGUCCCCGACUGGAGGCCUUUCAAACGUCCACAUUCCUGUCGGACAUUUCUGAAAAGAGAUUCAUUCGUGUGCCGACAUGUUCCUUUGUGUUUGGGAUCAUAGGGAGGUGCAGGGUUCUCCUGAGCCCGGAAGCCUGCAGGCGUCUAAUGAUACAAAUGAUAGUACGUGUAGUCGUGUUUAGUUUAGAAUUGUAGUUUGUGUCAUGAUAUAUUAGUCAUUACAUUCAGUCCUAUCAACACAUUAACAUUCUGUCACAAUGUGACGUUAAAACCUGGGGACGGAUGCUUUGCCGUCAUUUAUGGAUUCCUCCCAACGUUCUUCUCUUUCUGGGAGUUUUUUCUCCUGUCAGGUAGAUGAGCAACUGAGUGUAAGACAGCCGACUGAGCCGACGUCUUGAGUGUUGGACCACAUGAUUACGAUCAUGAUUACGAUGCUCGCAGGUCACUAAAGUUCAUGUGGAAUGUGGGAAAAGAAUCCAGCCGCUUCUCUUUGUAACAGUGUACAGGGCCCCAGGUCCUUAUUCUGAAUUUUCACAGUUCUUAACGAGUUUGGUCCUUAAAACAAGGUAAUUAUUGUGGGUGACUUUAACAUUCAUGUGGAUGUGGACAACGACAGCCUUAGUACUGCAUUGCUUUCAUUGUUAGAUUCCACUGCUUUCUGUCAGUGUGUAAAUAAACCAGCUCACUGUUUUAACCUCA